GCCAGAGAAGCAGCACAGCCAGGCCACAUCCAACACUGCCAAGAGAUGCAGAUGGUGGCAAUGCCGGUUCUUCUUCGGCAAAUCCCCCUACACUAAGGCGCCCAUCACAGGGCUCGGUUACUGUGGCUACGAUGCCACCCAAGAGACGCCGUCUUGAGGCUCAAGCUCCAGCACCAGCAUCACCACCCCAACGGCGCAUCUCCGCAGUGUCGGCCGUGCCACCACUAGCUCUUUUGGCCAGCCCCCAAAGUGAGGAGCCACAAUCCCCUCAGUUGUCUGACCCAGCCAUCAUCACCGAGGAUGACCAGCAGGAACGUGACCAGGAGACCUUCACACUCCACCUGCAGCCCAUCGAUCCUACUCAGCCAACCACGCCGCAGGACAUACCCCAACCACCCCAAACAUCCCACAGCCCCCAAUUGAGCACAACACAAGUCAACACACAAAUGGGCACUGAGUUUUGGAGCCGUUGGUCGUCACAACAGGCGCAACACUACGCGUGCCUCACCACCCACAGCCAAUACCUGUCAAGUCUGCCCCAUCAUUUGCCUAGACUGAGUCGCAACUCAGGCAGACUUAUAGUGCAGGUGGGCAGAAUCGCUAACUCCAUGGAGCAGAUGAGGGCAGACAACAGCCAAAUGCAAACAAACCUACAACGCAUCUUGGAUGAACAGCAGCGGCAGCAACAAUCACUAAUCCAGAUCAUACAACACAACCAAAUGAUCAAUGACAACCUAUCACGCAUAAUAGCUAACAACACUGCCGCUAAUACGCAGCUCACAGCAAGCUUGAACAAUAUCAGUCAAAGCCUUACAGGGGAUCCUGUGGGCCUAUUUUGA